AUGUUUUGUUGUCUGAAAAGUUGUAUGAAUGGCUUUACGCUAACACCUAGUGUACCUAUUCGGAUAAAGGAAAAUCCUGUACAGUUGGAUACGUUACACAUGGGUCAUGAGAUGGUGAUAAUAAAGGGUGGGCAGAGAGUAUGCGGUUCUGGCUGUGCGCUUGGGAAUGCACCACUGGUGCAGAACAAGUCAUAUUUUGAGGUGAAGCUGCAGCAGGGCGGAGUGUGGGCUGUCGGAGUAGCUACCAGGGAAACAGAUCUCAAUAGAGUACAUGGUGGUAUGGACAAAGAAUCAUGGUGUCUCAACAGCGACGGAACGGUGCGUCACUCGAAUAUCGAACUCUACCACCUUGCGCAGGCGCCGAGAGAGUCGCCCACAGCCGACUUACUUGUGUCAACGGAAUCACCGACCCAUGAAAAUGAUAAACCAGAGAGCGACAAAGGGACAAGCACUGCGGCGGUAAUGCCAGUAGAGGGCGACACUAUCGGUGUGGCCUAUGAUCAUGUAGACCUGAAUUUCUUCCUGAAUGGAAAGAAUAUGGAGAUUCCUGUCAGUAAUAUUAGAGGAACAGUUUAUCCUGCACUCUAUGUGGACGACGGCGCAAUUUUGGACGUGAUUUUUGAAAACUUCCUCUACCCACCGCCGACAGGAUUCGAAAAGAUAAUGGUGGAACAAUCCCUACUCUAA